GCCACUUAACUGCAGGGAUGUUAAGACGUCCCAAACCGACCGACUCGGAGGCAGACAUCCUAAGAGAGCAGGAGAAGUUUCUGACCUCCGGUGCUACGUCUGCUGCCAAUGUGAUCCGCCGACCUGACAAGAGGAGAGGCGAGGCAGGAGGAGGAGGAGAAGACCACAGUGGGGAGAAUGGAGGAAGUCAGAAGGAUGUGGUCACCAUCGAAGAUCUUCCUGACCAACUCCCAUCUCUGACGCCGGCCCCUCCUAAGAAGUCUCGCUUUAAAGCCAGCCGCGUUACCUUCGAGGAUGAGGAUGCUGGAGAGAGGCUGGACAGACAAGACACUCACAUCAGUGCUGUUCUCUCCAGGAUUGUUGAGAGAGAUACCAGCUCUUCUCCAAUAUCUCUACCAGCAUUUACAGGCAUAGCUUUCCCCAAAGUAAUGCACCGCUCAGCAACUGGCAGUCAGGUGCCGCUGCCCUCAGCCAGUGGGAAGAAGAGCAUCUUUGCUCGUCAGAUUGCAGCUCAAAGAUUAAAGGAGGGAAAGACGCCAUUACACCGUGCACCUGAAGCUGCUCGGAAACAUGAACCCAGAGAGCAGAAUCUUCCUCCUGAGAUCAGCAUGGAUACAGAUCAGCCAACUACAGUCUCAAGCCCGUGUUUGGUGUCUGGUCGUGGGCUUGUGGGCCCAGAUAGCUCAGGAGACAUCAUGAGGAUCCACAAGGACAACCAGGCCAAGAUCCAGGCGAUGUCUCAGUCUGAAAUACUAGAUGAACAGAAGAAACUCUUAUCUCAGCUUGAUCCGAGACUGGUGGAUUUUGUUAGGUCUCGCAAAGGUCAGAGCAUCCCAUCCUCAACUUCUCCAUCCAAACACCCCGAGGACAAAAGCAGCAAAGAAGGUUUUACUCUCCAAAAUAGUAGCACAGAGUCAGGCUCCUCCAGUGCUGCUGUACUGUCGCAGAAACCCCAAGAAGUAGAGAUGGAGGGAGUGGAGGAGGAAGAAGAGGAAAUGUCAUCACCAACUGCUGUGACAGAAAGGAAUCUGCCAGUGAAGCCUCAGAGGGAAUGGGUCCACAUGGAUAAGCUGGAGCCAGAGAAGCUGGAGUGGAUGAGAGACUUGCCUGCACCCAGAAGGAAAAGAACCAAGCAGGCUAUGCAGGCUCGUUUUGAUUUUAAUGGGACUUUAAUUCCACCCACUGAGGACCUGCCCACCCACCUGGGACUGCACCACCAUGGGGAAGAGCCUGAACGGGCAGGUUAUUCCCUGCAGGAGCUCUUCCUGCUGUCUAGGAGUCAGAUCUUCCAGCAGAGGACUCUAGCCCUCAACACUUUAGCUAACAUCCUCUCAAAGGCAUGUGCCGGGGAAUAUAUGCCAAUUCUGAAAGGCAGCGUGAUGUCCACUCUCCUUGAUGCCGGCCUGCUCUUCCUGCUCCGCUUUGCGCUGGAUGAUAGCGUGGAAGGAGUGAUGUCUGUGGCUGUGCAUGCACUCAAAGCACUCCUAGUGUGUGCAGAGGACGAAGAGUGUUUGGACUGCACCUUCUCCUGGUUUCGUGGCCUGUCCUCCUUCCCUCUGCUGCCGUCUGCCCAGGAGGAGGAGGAGGAGGAGGAGGAUGAAGGGCUGGAUGAAAGUAUGAAGGAAACAGCCAAGGAGAAGGAAGAGAGGAAGAGUGAUCAUGAUGUGGCCAGGAUGGAUGUUGUCAAGGGUCUGCUAAAGAUGAAACUGCUCCCCAGACUUCGUUACAUCCUUGAGGUGGUCCGGCCCUCUCCACGAGUGGUUCAUGAUGUCAUGGCGGUCCUGACCCGUAUCGCUAGGCACUCCUCCUCAUCUGCUACUCAGGUGUUGAACUGUCCUCGCCUGAUGGAGACGGUGAUGUUAGAGUUCCUUCCCACUUCCUGGACAAGGCCGUCUCUUCCCUUCCCUCAGUCUGUUUAUGGACUCCCACUAGCCAGCGCCAUGAAGCUUUUAAGAGUGUUGGCCACCUCUGGGAGACACGCCUGUGCCAGACUGUUAAACUCUCUGGGAGCGAGGGAGCGUCUGUCUUGUCUGAUGAGUGCUGAGCCCAGUGAGCUGCCGCUGGAGCCCAGUGAGGCCCUCAGGAUCACCACUGAGGCCUACAGGCUGUGGGCUGUAGCCGCUGGCUAUGGACAGGCCUGCAAAUUAUACAUAGACCUGUAUCCAGCGUUAGUGACUGCAUUGCAGUCUGUUCACAGAGUGUUGGCCCCUUCAGAUCCUCUGUUGCCUCUGCAGCGCCAGCGGGUUUUGGCCCUGCUCACUUUACUCACACAGGUCACACACACUGCUGGCUGCCACCAGGAGCUACAGGCUGGCAUGGUCAGCUCUCAGGGAGAUGAGUGUCCUCCUCCUCCUCCAGUGUCAUGGGGGCAUGUCACAGGGUUGCAGGCAUCCCUGUUGGGGCAUUUUAAGGGCUUUGUUAAGAGUCUUGAUAAUCCAGUUCAGAAAAACAGCAGUCUGACUCUGAUACCAGCUUACCUGCUCUACCUAGAAGCUUACUACCAUCAGCUCUCCAGACAGAACUGUUUCAAACCAGUGGAAACCCUUCAGGAACUGGAGCUGCUGACGUCUGAGGUUCUCCUCCCACUGCUGUCCCACAAUGUUGUUCAAGACUUGAUAAAAAAUCUCUCAAAGUCUUCCUCAGUUAUAUGUAAUGCCCAAUCUAGUCAUCAGGGCCCAGAAAGCAUUCCUAGCCUCCCCAAUUUGGCCUGUCUAGGAUGGAGGGACCGUCUGGGGCUGGUUGUUCCCAGCUCCCCCUUCCCUCUUCUCACAGGCCUGGGGCUCCUCUUGGAAACAAUCACAGGUAUCCACAAAGGACUUAGUGGCAAGUUCACUGGUCUCCUCCUGUCUGAACCGGUGAUUGGUUACCUGCGAAGCUGCAGUCAGGCCACGCCCACCCUUUCUCACACCAGGGCCUGGCUUCUCCGUCAUGAGCACCACCUCCUCUACCUGCUGCUGCGGCUGGCACAUAGACUGGUUCCCAUUGAGCGUGAAGUUGCAAAGCACGCCUCACUGUACCACCAGGUGGCGCUGGUUCUUCUGCCAUGGUUAUUACCAGGCAGUGAAUACCUGGCACACCAACUGCUUUCCACAAUCAUCUUCAGCAAGGACUUUAUAUCAGAAGGCCACAGUGGAGGACCUGAGGCUGUAGAGUUGGGGGAGCUGAAGCUCCAUGAGGAGAAGCACCAUCACGCCUCUCCUUCCCUCCAGACUGUAGGAGCUCUCCUGAGAGAAGCCUGCAUCCAGCUGCCAUCCAUUCGGGGCUGCUUCCUCACUCACCUGGCCCAUCUGGAGUCUUUUGUGCUGGUGUCCCGAGACGCUCUCCUUGGCCGCAACCCUUGGAUCAACUCCCACCUCCUCCCGGAGCUCACCGGUCCCACCGUGCCAUCUGAUUGGCCUUACCUCCCACUUGUCAGCCUGUAUGAGCGAACAGGGGUGUCCAACGGGGGAGGGCUGGCAGUGGAGGAGCUCCCUCAGGGGACUCUGGGGACGGUGACCCACUGUCUGCAGUGGCUGCUGUUGCUGGAAGUCUGGAGGGAGGAAGCUCUUAAGGUGAUCCCCCCCGUUGCCAAGCUUGCCCGCCUUUCCUGUGUGUUCCUGUGUUCCGGUGACUUAUUCCUGGAGAAACCAGUUCAGAAACUGGCCUGGGGUCUGUUCAGACUGCUGACCAGGCAAUCCAGGCUGGACUCCUUGGACCUGAACGUCCCUCCUCCAGGUCUAGCUUCCUUCCAGGAUUUGUAUACAGCGCUUUUGGCUCAGUAUGAAGCCGUGUCCUUUGGAGACCGGCUGUUUGGAUGCUGGGUCCUUGUGCCCCUGCAGAGGAGGUACAAUGCCUCUAUGAGGCUGGCUGUGUUUGGAGAGCAUGUGGGGAUGCUGAGGUCUUUGGGGGUCACUCUGGAACAGCUCUCAAUCCCCAUCGAGCGAUUCACCUCUCCACCUGAAGACUCCCUCCCUCUCCUCCGUCUCUACUUCCGCUCUCUGGUUACGGGCACCCUGAGGCCUUGUUGGUGUCCGGUCUUGUAUGUGGUUGCAUUGUCUCACGUCAACUCUUUCAUCUUCUCUCAGGAUGCUGCAGCACAGGAGGUUGAAGCAGCUCGACACGGUAUGCUGAGGAAAAUCUACUACCUGACUGAUGAGGUGUUAAAGAAACACUUGCUGCUGUUCCGCCUGCCCCAGCCACGGUCAGACGUCGGUUUCGAUAUGUACGACCAGUUGCCUCCUAUUAGAGCAAAACGUUUGGAGAGCAUCGUGGGACUGCAGGACAGCAGUGAUGAUAAAGGAGACUGAGGGUAAAAUGGAGUGGUAAAAAAUAAAGGUAGUGAGCCAAAAACAGCAGAUGCAGUAGGAGUGACAGUAUAAGACUGAUAACACGAAGAGUGGAUGCUGGGAAAGAAAGGUUGAUGGCGGGAGACAGAAUUUAGUCCAACUGCUAAGAGGUGUCUUGUCAAGAUGGACUAAGAGGCAACAUGGUGACAAGAACAUUUUCUGUGGCUUCUUUUCUUAGAGGAGACUCAGCUUGAGGUUGAUAUCCAGUCAAAUCCUCGGAUGAAGAAGCAUCUGAAAAUCAUUUUAAGCACUAAAUAAUACAGGACUUUAACUGGAAAUGAUCUGAAAGCUUCUUUAAUCUAUUUUUUUGGUUUUCUAAGGGUACUUGAAGCUGUCUGAACCGCAAUGCAACCAAAGGUUAAAUAAAAAAAUGGGCCCCUUAAAGGAAAUAGGAGGAAUUAAAUGUUUUUUUUGUGACUCCAGUUUUUCACCACAGUUACUGUGUGUCUGCUGUUCUUGAAAAACAGCCCAGGAUGAUUCUUGGCAUCUCAGAGUAAAGGCAAAUGUCCUACUUUAUAAGUGCCUGAAAUUGUCUUUUUAUUUGUGAAUAAAACAUUAUUCUAAGUUUGUGUAAUGUUAACUUUUUUUGUACCUUUGUCACUUUUGUAAGGCUCAGCACUGCAACAAUAGACCAGAGUUGAGUUUGUACAUGUUCUGCUUGACAGCCACGUCACUAACUGUAAACAUACACACACAGUCUGAUGAAAACUGAAAAGGAAACAUUGUUUUUGCAGGUUUAAAUAAUUAAACAUUGGAUUUAUAAGUGAGCAAACAGCUCGUCCAGACUGUGACUCUAGAGAACUAUCAAGACAAGCGAAUGUAUUGUUCCUGCAUAUU